UUUUCGUGUGUGUAUUUACCACUGUCGCAAUCAAGCUUAGACUCCAUUUUCAUCUUCUUUUCUACUUUUAAACUCCCCAUCACCUUUGCAAUUUUCCCCUCUCCACCUUUAAAUCCUCUUUCCAAAUCGUCCAACUUUUCACAUCAUACUCCACAAUUACAAAUUUCAAACUUGGUGUUUUGCUUCCACUAAUCUAGCUAGCCUCUGUUUGGAACUGCAAAUUCAAAAUACCAAAAUGGGAAGUGGUAAAUUAGGUGAUUCAGGUAUUAUUGCGAUCACGGCUAAGAUCAUGAUGGCUGUCGUCGUAUUUCUCUUCUUUACGGUGCUCUUGGUAUUCUUCCUUCACAUAUACUCCAAAUUUUUCACGACAGAGGACGCCAACCCCAACGACGGCACAAGGCGUCGCCGCCGCCGCCGCCGCCGGUUCGACUUCGCCGGUGGUUAUCAGGAAGUGAAUGCACUCCAGAGAGGCAUUGACCCUUCAAUCCUUAAAACCAUACCUGUAAUUCCAUUUGAUACCAAGGAUUUUAAAGAUGGAUUGGAAUGCUCAGUUUGUCUAAGCCAAGUCUGUGAAGGUGAAAAGGCGAGACUUUUGCCUAAAUGCAAUCAUGGGUUUCAUGUCGAUUGCAUUGACAUGUGGUUUCAAUCUCAUUCCACUUGCCCUUUAUGCCGAAACCCCAUUUCAGAUACGCAAUCCACAAAUUCCGGGGCCAUCUCAGUAGCUUCCACAGAGACACCAAAUUUACCAACUAAUGUUCUUUUCUGGGGAGAGGAAACUACUACAUCAUCAGCAUCCACAAGCAAUAGGCCAGAUGGGGUUUUGAGGAUUGAUAUUCCAAGACGCAAUGAUGAAGAAGAACAGAAAACACCAACACCAACACAAUUGAGAUCUUUAACGAGGCUAUUUAGCAGUUUGAAUCCUUGCAGUCCCAGAAAUGUAGAUGUAGAACGAGGAAGCAGGGACCAGAGCUAGAGAUUGUUACACCUCUGGAAUUCGGACAAGUGUGGAAUCUUAGGAACUAUAAUUCACUAGAUUGAAGUUAAUUGAUUGAUUCUUGAUGCAGAUGAGAAGUUGUCUGCAAUCUUCAUAUGUCUAUUAUGUAUUUGUAAUACUAGAUUGUAUAUGUGUAAAACAUAUUGCUAGGGCUAAGGGGCUUCUCUGUUUGAGAAUUGAGGGGAAUCUAUCUUCUCUUACAGGAGAGUAUUUGUUAUUAAUGUGAGUAUUCAUUUGUCGUAUGGGUUCUA